AUGCGUCAUAUCAGUUCCGCACUGACGGCAAACAGGGGCACGGGGCAUCCUACAGCAUCCUGCAGCAUCCUGCAGUAUGCUACAGCAUCCUGCAUCAUCCUACAGUAUGCUACAGCAUCCUACAGCAUCCUACAGUAUGCUACAGCAUCCUACAGCAUCCUACAGUAUGCUACAGCAUCCUGCAGCAUCCUACAGUAUGCUACAGCAUCCUACAGUAUGCUACAGCAUCCUGCAGCAUCCUACAGUAUGCUACAGCAUCCUGCAGCAUCCGGCAUCAUCCUACAGUAUGCUACAGCAUCCUACAGCAUCCUACAGUAUGCUACAGCAUCCUACAGCAUCCUACAGUAUGCUACAGCAUCCUACAGUAUGCUACAGCAUCCUGCAGCAUCCUGCAGCAUCCUACAGUAUGCUACAGCAUCCUGCAUCAUCCUGCAUCAUCCUACAGUAUGCUACAGCAUCCUACAGUAUGCUACAGCAUCCUGCAGCAUCCUACAGUAUGCUACAGCAUCCUGCAGCAUCCGGCAUCAUCCUACAGUAUGCUACAGCAUCCUACAGCAUCCUACAGUAUGCUACAGCAUCCUACAGCAUCCUACAGUAUGCUACAGCAUCCUACAGUAUGCUACAGCAUCCUGCAUCAUCCUGCAUCAUCCUACAGUAUGCUACAGCAUCCUACAGUAUGCUACAGCAUCCUGCAGCAUCCUACAGUAUGCUACAGCAUCCUGCAGCAUCCGGCAUCAUCCUACAGUAUGCUACAGCAUCCUACAGCAUCCUACAGUAUGCUACAGCAUCCUACAGCAUCCUGCAUCAUCCUACAGUAUGCUACAGCAUCCUACAGUAUGCUACAGCAUCCUACAGCAUCCUACCGUAUGCUACAGCAUCCUACAGUAUGCUACAGCAUCCUGCUGCAUCCUGCAGCAUCCUACAGCAGCCUACAGUAUGCCACAGCAUCCUACAGCAUCCUGCAGCAUCCUACAGUAUGCUACAGCAUCCUACAGCAUCCUACAGUAUGCUACAGCAUCCUACAGCAUCCUACAGUAUGCUACAGCAUCCUGCAGCAUCCUGCAGCAUCCUACAGCAGCCUACAGUAUGCCGCAGCAUCCUACAGCAUCCUGCAGCAUCCUACAGUAUGCUACAGCAUCCUACAGCAUCCUACAGUAUGCUACAGCGUCCUACAUCAUACUACAGUAUGCUACAGCAUCCUACAGUAUGCUACAGCAUCCUACAGCAUUCUACAGUAUGCUACAGCAUCCUACAGUAUGCUACAGCAUCCUACAGUAUGCUACAGCAUCCGACAGCAUCCUACAGUAUGCUACAGAACCCUACAGCAUCCUACAGUAUGCUACAGCAUCCUACAGUAUGCUACAGCAUCCUACAGCAUCCUACAGUAUGCUACAGCAUCCUACAGCAUCCAACAGCAUCCUACAGCACUCUACAGUAUGCUUCAGCAUCCUACAGCAUCCAACAGCAUUCUACAGCAUCCUACAGUAUGCUACAGUAACCUACAGCAUCCUACAACAUCCUACAGUAUGCUACAGCAUCCUACAGUAUGCUACAGCAUCCUACAGCAUCCAACAGUAUCCUACAGCAUCCUACAGUAUGCUACAGCAUCCUACAGCAUCCUACAGUAUGCUACAGCAUCCUACAGCAUUCUACAACAUCCUACAGUAUGCUACAGUAACCUACAGCAUCCUACAACAUCCUACAGUAUGCUACAGCAUCCUACAGUAUGCUACAGCAUCCUACAGCACUCUACAGUAUGCUUCAGCGUCCUACAGCAUCAAACAGCAUCCUACAGUAUGCUACAGCAUCCAACAGCAUCCUACAGCAUGCUACAGCAUCGGAGCUCAUUAA